AUGCACCUAGCAGCUUCUCUAGGUCACCACGAAGUCUGCGAAGUACUGUUAAAGCUAGGCCACGAAGACCCAUGCCCUGCUCUUAACGAAAGCCACCAAACUGCCUUGAUGCUUGCUGCAGCUGGCGGCCAUACCGAAGUCGUCCAAAUUAUCUGCGAACACGACAAAACAUGCAUUCUUCGUCGCGAUGUUAGAGGCCGCGACGCCGUUAUGGAAGCUAGUCUCGGAGGACACGACACCAUACUACAACUCCUCCUUACCCACGUUCCCGGUGGACCUUAUGAAGCAGUCCGUCGCGCGGAUAUUGAAGGAAACACAGCACUGCAUUUUGCGAGUGGAAAUGGAAACCUGCUGGUACUGCGAACGCUGCUGGCAGCGGGCGCCGAUAUACACAAACGAAACAUUUGGAGUUGGACUCCAGCUGCAUACAGCGCUACUGUUCAGGCUGAAGUCUACUUGAAGGGCUUGGUCAACGAGGUUGGCAAGCUACAACAGCAGCAACAGAAACGAGAGAUUGAAUCGGCCAAGAAGGGUGGUGGAGUUCGAGUUGUUGAAUCUACAAGCGAUGAGGAAUGA